GUCUGCCCAGGAGGCUGCGAUCUACCAGCCUGCUGUGGAAGGGCAAUACGCAAGACGCUCUGGCUCUCCUGAAAGAUGAUGUCUUGGUUGCUGACCCAGGAACCAGGUGCCACUACAGCAAUUUGGCCUUCUCACUGAUGGCGCACGUGUUAGCUGACCAUGCAGCUGAGGGGCAAUACCAGCGCUGGAUCUCAGAGAACAUCCUGGACCGCUUGGGCAUGGAGGACACUGGCUUCGACAUCACGCCACCGAUCCGCUCCCAGAUGGCGGUGGGUUUCUACAGCAGCCGGCAGCCGGCCCCUCUCUAUGACCUUGGCUGGUACAGGCCCUCUGGCCAGAUGUACUCCACAGCUGCUGACCUUGCCAAGCUGGCAAUGGUCUUCUUAGGCACCUACCACCGUCGUCUCCUAGAGCCUGACACACUGAAGACAAUGCUAACCCCUCUGUUUAAGUGCUCCACUGAAUACUUUGCUAACAAGACUGGCACACCCUGGGAGAUUAAUGAGCAAUUGGGAUAUGACGUCAUCAGGAAGGAUGGAGACCUCGAUGGUUAUUCAGCUACCUUCUCUCUUAUCCCCAAGCUCCGCCUGAGCUUCAUUGUGCUGAUGGCAGGGCCUAGGCCUCAGGGUGGAGAUAUUGUGACUCAGACAUAUGAUCAUCUUAUUCCUGCCAUGGAGACAGCAUUCAGAGAGGCAGAGAAAAGCUUGAUUCCUCCUCCAAGUCCAGGCCCUUAUGUUGGCUACUAUACCUAUUCCAACCUGACUUUCUAUGAGAUUAAAGUUGGACCUGGUGGGGUGCUGGUCAUGCAGCAGUUUGGGCCACACGUGGAAGAGCUGAUUCCUGAAAAGUACCGGACAAUCAAGCUCCACCACCUGGAAGAUCGCGUUUUCCAAGUUGUUUUUGACAAGGAGUUCCCAUGUGUUCUGCACCUGGGCUCUGCCUCCAUCUCACUGGAGACCCAAAAUGGGCAGCUCUUUAACUUUUAUCCAUUUGAUCGCAAGGGUUUGUCUCCUGGCUUUGAUGCACCAGGGCUGAACACAUACAAUGUGGUGCGUGUACUUCGUAAACCUGUAUUCUAUAGCUAA